AUGACCCAACCAAAAUCCCAAUUUCUUUCGCGGGAGCCCUUACACCAGAAUUCCCAAGAAGCCAAAUGGAAACGAUUAGUCAAGACAAAGUACAUAGAUCCCAACGGAGUCAAGAGAGACUGGGAAUCUGCCGAGCGCCAGACACGACCAUGUGAUUCUCCGGUGGAUGGAGUCAACAUCGUUGCCUUUUUAAACAAGUCAAGUGGUUCUGAGAUUCUUCUCGAGAAACAAUACAGACCUCCAAUUGACCAGAUUGUCAUCGAACUUCCUGCGGGGUUGAUUGACCCAGGAGAAACGAUAGAGCAAACUGCGGUGCGCGAACUAAAAGAGGAAACGGGAUAUGUUGGUGUUGCUGAUAAGACGAGUGGAAUCAUGUACAAUGAUCCCGGGUUUUGCAACGCCAAUUUUAAUAUGGUUUAUGUCCAAGUUGACAUGAAUCUUUUGGAGAACCAGAAUCCAAAGCCUGAUUUGGAGGAUAAUGAGUUCAUUGAGUGUUUUACCAUUCCGGUAUCGCGGCUUUCGGUGGAGUUACAGAAAUUAGAAAGCGAAGGAUACGCGAUCGAUGCGAGGGUUGGAUCAAUUGCAGAAGGCAUUGAGAUUGCUAAGAGGCUGAAGCUUUGA